AUUAUAUUUUCGUGACAUUGAUGUGACUGUUAUCGCAAUCACAAAUGACGAAGUGUAAGACAUGUUUGCAUAGAUGAUUAUUCGAACUACUCCUUGUCGUCUCAAAAGGAUAAAGAAUUCAGAUAAUUAGUGAUUUCUCGAUAAGCAAUUGGAGAACUUACUUGCAAACACUUUAGUUUUUAGAUCUAUAUUUUAUAAAAUCUUUAAUACUUUAGUCUUCAAAUCCAUGUUUAUAAAAAAGCGAAUAUUGUAUGUCUUGAACUGGUAUAUUUUCUGUAGUUUUUAUGGUACAAUUUAAAUCUCUCAACAGCACGGACGAAAGAGUCAUUGAAGACAGUUUAAGAAAUAAGUUCUUCAAUUCAUUUUUCUGCAAGACCGUUAGUCUUUUAGUUGAUGUAAAUGCACUGACGACACGCAAGCCUAGUAAGCGAGAUAGAUAUACGGAUAACGGAUAAAAAUGAUCGCAUUGCGAGCGAAAUACUUUUUGGGUUGCUGGGACACAGGUGUACAAGUGAAGAAAUGCGAUCUUCGUUGUGCAGCGUGAACACGGCUUUCAGUGCUCUGAGGACACUGAUUCCAACCGAGCCGGCGGACAGGAAGUUAUCGAAAAUAGAGACUCUCAGGCUAGCCAGCAGUUACAUCAGUCACUUGGAUGCCAUACUCAUUGUGGGUGCGAUAGAUCAACCUUGCUCGCGCCUCCUGGAGAAUAGCGGCAUUUGCUCGACGAGAUCGCAAGUUUGCACUUUUUGCUUGGCUAUGCAUAAAAGAUAUAGUUUUAACGUCUCUCGAGUAAUUCCGGACUAUCCACAUGAUGAGACAACACCACCAUACAUCCUUAUGCCACCGAAUGCCACGUGUUUCAAUCUAACAAUGAAUGAUAUCUAAAGUUGAGUCACUUUAAACAUAUGUCUGUAUAUUUUCUUGUAAAUACUAGUAAUGUUUUUCACCAAAUUUUGUAAUAAU